AUGGCGAGGAUAUUUGGAGGCAAUGAACACCAAGCAAGCACUGGAAGGGUUGUUGGGACACUCGGAUAUAUGCCCCCUGAGUAUAUCAUGGAAGGGCGAUUUUCAGAAAAGUCUGAUGUUUUUAGUUUCGGCGUAUUGCUACUAGAGGUUGUCAGUGGAAGAAAGACCACAAGUUUUCACCAUGCCGAACAGUCAUUGAGCCUUUUGGGAUAUAUGUGGAAUGAAGAUCAACUGGAAUUGUUCAUCGAUCCUGCAUUACUACAUGAAUCAGUUUUUGUAGCAGAAAUUUUUAGAUGCAUCCAAGUGGGACUAUUGUGCGUGCAAGAAUUGGCGAGUGACAGACCAAAUAUGUCAACAACACUUUCAAUGUUAACAAGCGAAAUCGCAACUCUUCCUACUCCAAGAAAACCUGCGUUCACGGAAAGAAUGAUAUCAACGCAACCAGAUUCCUUUCCACAGAGCCAGGGAUCAGCAGCUUCUGCAAACCAUCUGACUAUUACAAAUAUUGAAGGGAGAUAA